AUGUCGGGCAUCCCUGCAUUGGAAGAUGCCCUGCGCAAGCUCGACGAAGAGCUGGAGGAAGGAGACAUCACCCGCAAAGGCUAUGAAAAGAGACGGACCCUUAUUCUUUCGCAGUACAUCAGUUCUCCCCCACCGGGCGUACAAUCGCAAACUCAAUCCCAGUCACGAGGACUUCGCGUACACUCCCCUGACGACAGCGAUCAUCCUGCCUCUAAUGAAGAUUCCAGAGCCGCCUCACUUGCUGCCCUCACCGGUCGACCGGUGGGCAGUCUCUCGAGAAACGGGACCAUGACCGAGGGCCAUCCCAGUAUGAGCGGGCAUGCCUCUGUGCUCAGGGACGAAUAUAACGCGCCCAGGAGGAGCAUUACUCCCCAAAGUCUGGUUCAGCGCUUUCAAGAGAGGGAAACGGGAAGUCUACAACAGGGUUCGAUGUCGGGUUCCUCGUUCGAUGGCCGGCGCGAAACCUUCCUGACUGCCAACGAUCAGUCCCGCACGGAGACGCUGCUGAGCCAGAACUACGCCUUUAAUCCUGAUACCCAGCCGAACUAUGGCGGCAUGGACACUCGCAACUCAACCAUGCUGGACUCGCAGCAGGGCUAUUUCUCGGAUUUUGCUGGCCAACAACGAGAAGACCAUCAAGAGAAUUAUGGAGGCAAUGUACACAGAUAUUCUCAGGGUGAGGUAACUUCACCCACCGCUCAGGUAGCGCCGCCAUUUCUUGGUGCUGGCGAGCUUGCCGGGGGUGCGGCUAUCCACCAGAUGCCUCUUGAACCUCGCGAAGUGCCGUUCGCUAUUUGUGACCCUCACGAUUCACAUAUCGAGAUGUCCAGGUUCGAGAACAUCGCCGCCGUCCUCAGACACAGAGCAAAGACAAAUCCUAAACAGGCGGCCUACUGGGUGUUGGAUCAAAAGGGUAAAGAGCUCGUCUCCAUCACUUGGGAGAAGUUAUGUAGCCGGGCGGAAAAGGUGGCCCAGGUCAUUCGCGACAAAAGCAGUCUUUAUAAGGGGGACCGAGUCGCGCUGAUCUACACCGAGAACGAAAUCAUCGAGUUUGCGGUGGCACUUCUCGGCUGCUUUAUCGCUGGUGUGGUGGCUGUACCGAUCAACGAUCUCAAAAACUAUGCCAGAUUAAACGUUGUGUUGACAUCCACACAAGCACACCUUGCUCUGACUACGGAAGCCAACCUGAAGAAUUUCCAGCGAGACAUCACUGCCGCCAAGCUGAACUGGCCGCGCGGAGUGGAAUGGUGGAAGACGAACGAAUUCGGCAGCUAUCAUCCUAAGAAGAAAGGAGAGGAAGCUCCCCUGGUAGUGCCGGAUCUUGCCUAUAUUGAGUUCUCUAUGGCACCUACAGGCGACCUCCGCGGCGUCGUGAUGAGUCACAAGACAAUCAUGCACCAAAUGGCGACACUCAGUGCAAUGAUAACGUCGGCCACAAGCAAUACCAAAGCCGAUACCUUCAAUCCUUCUUUGCGCGACAAACAGGGUCAUUUAAUUACCGGCUCGAGACAUGGCGAAACAAUUCUCAGCUACCUUGAUCCGAGACAGAGCAUUGGGAUGAUCCUUGGUGUCUUGUUGAACAUUUAUGGUGGACACACCGUGAUCUAUAUUGACCAACGAACCAUCGAGACACCUGGCCUGUAUGCGAACCUCAUCACAAAGUACAAAACAACGUUGCUCGUCGCAGAUUAUCCCGGAUUGAAACGUGCCGUGUACAACUACCAGGCCGACCCGAUGACGACGAGGAACUUCAAGCGCAACUUCGAACCCAACUUUUCAAGCGUGAAGCUAUGUAUGAUCGACACCUUGACUGUUGACGUCGAGUUCCACGAACUACUCGCUGAUCGUUGGCUCAAGCCGCUCCGCAAUCCCCGAGCGAGGGAGAUUGUGGCACCCAUGCUCUGCUUGCCUGAACAUGGUGGAAUGGUGAUCAGCAUGAGAGACUGGCUGGGAGGAGAGGAACGCAUGGGCUGCUCGCUAAACCACGAGAUGGGCCGUGAACACGAAGCGGAGGAGAAGAAGGAAGAACAAAACGCAAUUACAAAGUCCAGCUUUGGCAGCAGCCUCAUCGGUGGCGGAACCAAGCCUUCCAAAGAACGCUCGACGGAAGACUUGGGAGAAGUCCUGCUGGAAAAAGAAGCUCUGAAAACGAACGACAUCGUAGUGCUAGCUAUGGGCGCCGAAGCGAGAACCAAGGCCAGCUCCUUUCCAAACGCCGUUAGAUGCGGAGCCUUUGGAUAUCCUAUUCCUGACGCCACUCUUGCGGUGGUCGAUCCCGAGUCAGGCCUGCUCUGCGCACCAAACUCGAUAGGUGAGAUUUGGGUCGACUCUCCGUCUCUCUCGGGAGGCUUUUGGGCUCUGCCAAAGCAUACCGAAACCAUCUUUCAUGCUCGACCCUUCUGCUUUAAGGAAGGUAAUCCAACGCCAACCGCCAUCGACCCCGAGUUUCUACGCACUGGCUUGCUCGGAUGUGUCAUAGAAGGCAAGAUCUACGUCUUGGGACUGUAUGAGGAUCGACUCCGACAACGGGUUGAGUGGGUCGAACACGGUCUGGCGGUGCAGGAACAUCGCUAUUUCUUUGUCCAGCAUCUGAUCCUCAGCAUCAUGAGAAAUGUCCCAAAGAUACACGACUGCUCCGCUUUUGACUGUUUUGUGAACGAUGAACAUCUUCCUAUUGUUCUUUUGGAAUCGCCCUCGGCAUCAACGGCUCCAUUAUCCUCGGGUGGCCCACCACAGCAGCUUGAUAUUGCAUUGCUCGAUUCUUUGGCCGAGAAAACGAUGGACGUACUGUAUCAAGAGCAUCACCUGCGAGUAUACUGCGUCCUGAUUACAGCGCCUGGAAUUCUACCGCGCGUAACCAAGAACGGGCGGCGAGAGAUUGGUAAUAUGCUCUGUCGCAAAGAAUUCGACAAUGGAGCACUACCUUGUGUCCACGUCAAAUUCGGUGUCGAGCGGGCAGUGAAAAACCUUCCCGUGGGGGAGGACAUCAAUGGCGGCAUCUGGUCUGCCAAUUCAAGUGCCGCAAGAAACGAACUCCUGUACGGCCAGGAGACCCAGUGGUCGGGCGUCGAUCCUCGCGAGGUCGUUAUCGAUGAUAGAACGUCGACGGCCCUCAGUAACUUCACAAAUAUUUUCGACCUGAUGCAAUGGCGGGUGGCCCGACAAGCCGACGAACUUGCGUACUGUACCAUCGAUGGGCGAGGAAAAGAAGGUAAAGGCCUGACAUGGAAAAAAUUUGACCAUAGGGUGGCAGCCGUCGCCUUGUACCUACGGAACAAGGUUAAGGUGAAGCCCAGCGAUCAUCUUAUCUUGAUGUACACUCACUCGGAAGACUAUGUUUUUGCGAUAUACGCGUGUAUGGUUUUAGGAGCCAUCGCUAUUCCUGUUGCUCCUCUGGACGCCAACAGGCUUUCAGAAGAUGCUCCAGCAUUCCUUCACAUCGUGGCGGAUAUGGGUGUCAAGGCCGUCUUGUGCAAUACAGAUGUCGACCAUCUGUUCAAGCAGAAGAUUGUCUCACAGCACCUCAAACAAUCGGCGCAAUACCUGAAAACGCAUAUUCCAAGCGUCUAUAAUACAGCGAAACCGGCGAAGCAGUCUCAUGGCUGCCGAGAACUCGGGUUGACGAUAAAUCGUUCUUGGAUAUCUCCGACGAAUCCGGUGAUCAUCUGGACGUAUUGGACUCCAGAUCAGCGUCGAGUCUCUGUUCAACCCGGCCAUGAUACCAUUUUGGGCAUGUGCAAGGUCCAGAAAGAGACAUGUCAAAUGACAAGCUCCAAACCGGUGCUUGCGUGCGUGCGAAGUACGAUCGGCAUAGGGUUCCUUCAUACCGUUCUGAUGGGCGUAUACAAUGGCAGCACCACUUAUCUGAUCUCGCCGCUGGACUAUGCGCAGAAUCCUGGCUCCCUGUUUCAGGCAUUGUCCCGGUAUAAAGUCAAGGAUACUUAUGCAACCAGCCAAAUGCUGGAUUUCGCCAUGGGGCACGUCGUGGGCAAAGGGUUUUCUCUGCAUGAGUUGAAGAAUCUGAUGGUGACGACCGAAUCGAGACCUCGUCUUGACUUAUUCUCGAAGGCGAGGCUACAUUUCGCGCAGACAGGCCUCGAAAGGACGGCCAUCAACACGAUCUACGCUCAUGUGCUCAACCCCAUGAUUGCGUCUCGCAGCUACAUGUCAAUUGAGCCGAUCGAGCUCUGGCUUGAUGUGCGCGCAUUGAGAAGAGGGCUCAUCUAUCCGGUUGACCCUGACACUGAUCCAACCGCUCUAUGCGUUCAAGAUUCGGGCAUGGUACCCGUGUCUACCCGCAUUGCGGUCGUCAAUCCCGAAACUUGCCAACUGUGCCAUGUGGGAGAAUUUGGCGAAAUCUGGGUUCAAUCCGAAGCCUGCGCCAAGUCAUUCUACAUGUCGAAGCAGGUAUUUGAUGAAGAAAGGUUCAACGGACGUAUCUUGGGUGGGGAUCCAAAUGCAACCUAUGUCCGAACUGGGGAUCUAGGAUUUCUGCACAACGUCACCAGACCUAUUGGACCGGGCGGGCAGCCUGUGGAGAUGCAAAUAUUGUUCGUGUUGGGCAGCAUCGGCGAGACGUUUGAAGUCAAUGGGCUUAAUCAUUUUCCGAUCGACAUCGAGAGCACUAUUGAAAAGUGUCAUCGGAACAUUACUCCUGGUGGGUGUGCGGUCUUUCAGGCCGGGGGCAUGGUUGUUGUCUUGGUGGAAGUCUUCCGGAAAUCAUACCUGGCAUCUAUUGUCCCGGUCAUUGUUAAUGCCGUUCUUCACGAGCAUCAAAUCGUUGUCGACAUUGUGGCAUUUGUUGGUGACGGCGAUUUCCCCCGAAGUCGAUUGUCGGAGAAGCAGAGAGGCAAGAUUCUGGCCUCAUGGGUAACGAGGAAAUUGCGUACCAUCGCCCAGUUUGGCAUUCGAGACGGCGAGGGCCCAGAAGGGCAGAUGUCUACAGCACCCGGCGAGCGCAAAGCUCCUAGUAUGAUGAGUAAAACGCUAUCAGUGAAUCAGCAAGACCAGCGACGAGCUUCGAUUGCCUCCGAGUUCAGGGGAAACGCCCAGGGGGAUCGAGUGUCCAGCCGAUCGAGCAUCGUGCCCGAGCUUCCCUUCACGUUGCCACCGAACCAUUAUCAGAUUGACCCAACGGGACUGUAUGAUCCUGCUGCGUCCGAUGGCAACCAGACCGGAGUGUCGCUGAGCGACAAGCCUUAUACUCUUCCGGAGGGGAUAGUUGAAAUGCCAAGCACCAACUUCGACGAUAUGGACGAGAGAUCCAAUCCCUACCUGACGGACGAAAAGUUCUUCGACCCAAAUGCUGACCCAGAUCAGCAACUUGACGAUUAUACUCCUCAAGGGUCACGACUUGACCUUUCACAAGGACGACCACCUAAGCUGUCUGUGGUCAACCCGAAUGAAUACUCAAUACACGGUAGCAACGAAAACACGCCCACGUCGUACACGGCUACUGCCACGCCGACGUCAGCCAUUCCGAGCGCAUUGAAAACACCCGUGGAGCAAGGGCAGGACAGUCCGUACGAAGACCAAGGUAAUCCAUUCCGAAACUCGAUUCCGGCGUCAGUGCCCAGCUUUGAUUUUAUCACCCACGCUUUCUCCUCGUCGUCGGCUGCGACGAGAAAUCCCGUGUCGGCACGAGAUCAAAUGGCCGGCGCCAGCGCCGCGUUCAACAAUGUCACCUCCCCCAUGCCAGCCAGUCCGACUGCUACAGGUGGCCGUGCACUGCUUCCCAGCCAACAAGCCCGAUACCCCAACUACGGGGCGAAUGUCAAACCCCAGCCUGUACGACAGGCGAGCGACCAUUCUUAUGAGGUCAAGGAUCUGCCACAGGAGGCUUUGACAUAUGCUGCUUCGACAUACAGCCGAAGAUCUGGGUCGUCGACAUACCAGGGCGACCAGAAUCAGGAUUCCAGCUCGCUACAUCCCAGUGAAGGGCAACAGAGCGCGGGCAUGCGUAGCUAUCCGCCAAGCAUCCGGAGGAGGUAUGACGGGAGUGCGUACGAUGGAGUUGAUUACUAA